AUGUCUAUGCAGCAGGUGGCUGGCAGGUGGAUCACCAUACCACUGACGAGGCACCUGGUGAUGAAUCUCACAAACAGAGACCCCUUUCAGGACGCUUUGGUGAAAAAUCUCAUCAUUGUUAUCCUGGGUAUUGUCAUCAACUGCAUCAAUGGGAUCAUUGUUAUGACUUUCUGGAAGAACUCUUUUUUUCACAGCGAGUCCAGAUACAUUCUGUACAUAAAUCUGGUGGUGAACGAUAUGAUCAUGAUUUAUGUUUCUGUGAUUAUGUAUGUUUUGUCUUAUGCCUAUCCCAUUUUUAAUACUUCUAUGUGUUGUGUUUUGGUUGUAAUCAGUUCAACCACAUACAUGAACACACCAAUUAUCCUGGCUGGUAUGGCUAUUGAGCGCUAUAUAGCCAUCUGCAAACCACUUCAUCAUGCUCAGAUGUGCACAGUACGCAGGACUUAUUUUAUCAUUGGCCUGACGUGGGGAGUUGGCUUCAUACCUGCACUAGCCGAUGUAAUCAUUGUCCUUGCCGUUCGGCCAGUGAGCUUCUUCUCAACAGUAAUCUUUUGCUACUACCUUAGCUUAUACAACACCAGAUACCAUGCAGAAAAGGCACAGGCGGUCCAAGCUCUUUAUAUGUCAUUUGUGUGGCUAACACUGAUCUAUACUUACCUUAGAGUUUUCCUUACAGCCAGAGCAGCGAAAGGUGACACUGCCUCAGCCAAGAAGGCACAGAACACCAUUCUAUUACACGGCGCACAGCUGCUUCUCUGUAUGCUGUCUUAUCUCUCUCCUUUGAUUGAUCUCCUUUUGAUCACAUAUUUCCCUAAACAUCGCUCAAAUAUAACCUUCCUGGGCUUCCUGAUCACAAACAUUAUCCCAAGGUUGCUCAGUCCUUUGAUUUACAGUAUUAGAGAUCAGAAAUUUGCCAAACAGAUGUCACAGUACUACUCCUGCAAGGCUUUCAGUUGUAAAGGCAAACAGAAGAGGAGGAACCUGAGGCAUUCUAGUAAGAUGAGGGUUGGUUCCUCAUAG